UUUUCCUUCCCCAGCUUCGUUCCCGUCCUGCGGCCGCCGCAGAUCGAGGCGUUCCGGGCACGGGCGGCAGCGUUGGCGCUGGGGGGGGGCUUCGAGCCCUGGGGGGGGCCGGAAGUUCCCCUGGGUUACGCGCGCUUCCGGCGCAGCCCCCCACCCUGACCCCCCCAAAACCCGCCCCCACCCACUGACCACGCCCACCUCCCCCUAGCCACGCCCCCUCCAUCAGACCCCGCCCCCUCGUUCAAAGCCACGCCCCUAAACUCACGCGUGCCGCGUGAAGCCACGCCCCCUCCCCAUUCAUAAAGCGCCCCCCGCCUGAGCCCGGGAUCCACCGCGGCGAGCAGCACGGAUGCACAAUGGCUGAGGAGGAGGUGCCAAAGCCCCCCCCUCUGCGGCGCAAAUCAUCUGCCAACUAUCGGGGUUAUGCUGUGGAGCCCCAUGCCAAGAGACAAUCCAAGAUCUCGGCUUCCCGCAAGCUGCAGCUCAAGACGCUGCUGCUGCAGAGAGCGAAGCGGGAGCUGGAGCGCGAGGAGCAGGAGAGGGCAGGAGAGAAACAGCGGCACCUGGGGGAGCUGUGCCCCCCCCCAGAGCUGGAGGGCUUGGGGGUGGCCCAGCUGCAGGAGCUGUGCCGGGAGCUGCACGCCCGCAUAGGGCGCGUGGAUGAGGAGCGCUACGACAUGGGGACGCGUGUCAGCAAGAACAUGGCCGAGAUGGAGGAGCUCCGGCGUCGCGUUGCCGGGGGCCGCUUUGUUCGCCCCGCGCUGCGCCGCGUGCGGCUGUCGGCUGACGCCAUGAUGGCCGCCCUGCUGGGCUCCAAGCAUCGCGUGGGAACCGACCUGAGAGCCGGGCUGCGGCAGGUGAGGAAGGACGAUGCUGAGAAGGAGAGCCGCGAGGUCGGCGAUUGGCGGAAGAACGUGGACGCGCUGAGCGGCAUGGAGGGACGCAAGAAGAAGUUCGAGGCACCGGGGGGCGGGCAGGGCUGAGGGUGAGGACCCCCCCGGAGCCCCCCACACCUCUCCACAGCCUCCCUGUGGCACAGCCUCCCCCCACCAGUGCCCCUCACCAGCUGUCUUCCAGACAGACCCUCACUUUAAGGACAGCGUUGUGGCAUCCAGCACCUUUAAUCUCACUUCCCCCCCCUUUCCCCCAAUAAUUUACUCCCGUCAAUAAAUUACCCCUUCCCUAAUAAAUAACUGCUCAUAAGCCAUAACUGGGGCUGCGCAGGGGGGGCCGCCCCAACAGCCCCAAAGGAUCUGAGGAGUCCGGGUCUAAAUUAGGCGGGGGUUGAGGCGUGUGUGGGGGCUUUUCAGGGGGGCCCUCCCCAGGUAAUGGGAGGAAGUGGGUAAAGGGUGGGGGGGGUCGCCGUAGGGUGCCCCCCCCAGGGGGAAUCAGGGCAAGGGGGAGGUGCAGCCGCUCAGCCUCAUAGACGUUGUAGCCAUCAGGGCGGAUGCGCUCAUGGAAGUUGCAGGAGGAGGGGGAGUAGAAGGCCUGGGGGGGGAA